UUUUCGAGGUUCCAGCUCAUCCAUGCCUCGCGUCACGACUGCCGGGAGACACCCCAAAUCAAGACGCCUCAGCAGCAGCAGCCUCGAAAACAGCAUCGUCGACUAUCCAACUCCGAAACUUUACGGUGGAUCUCACGACUGUACGCCUCAUGAUGGAGGCGCUCAAGAGAUCCUCCGAUGUCGACACAGUCAAUUUUCACAACGCUGGCCUGACGGGAGCUUCCGUUGAUGUUCUCGUAGAAGGCCUUCAACACACAACAGUUCGCUCACUCGCCCUGGACUACAACACCCCGCCGGUGGUACUGUCGUCGUCGUCACCGCCCACGAGACCACCCUCCUCAGGAACAGCUGAGCCUGCAGCGGCGGAGGUACCGGCGACCGAGGGUUCUUUAUCGUUGACUACAAACUUUGCCGGCCUUGUCAGUGAAGGCUCAAAGCUCAAGGCGCUAUCCCUCAGAGGCAACGCACUCGAAGACGCCGAGGCUAUUGCCCUCGCUGAGGCCAUAGAAGAUAACACUGUCCUUUGCUCCCUCAAUCUCUUCGACAACAAAAUCACGGACGUCGGAGCCUCCGCGUUCGCGACGAUCCUGAGAGUCAACACCGUCCUGCGCGGCCUGUCUCUUGCGAGAAAUUCCCUGGCCCCUGCCUCCGCGGAGGCCUUCGGGCUGUUGCUGGCAGGAGGCUACGAGGUCCUCCCCCAAGAGCAAGAGAAGCGGGCGGCCGCGGACGUCAAGAUAGCGGCGCAGAACAAGCUGGCCGCGGACGCCAUGAAGAAGAAGAAGGACGCCAAGGUCGAGACGCGCCUCCCGCUGAGCGCGGUGACGGUCCGGACCGGGGAGGACGGGCGCAGCAGGGCCGUCGCCGGAGGAAGCCGGAGCUUGGCCGCGCUCAACCUCGCGGACAACCGGGACCUCGGUAAGGGCGGGGCGCUCGCGGGACUCCUUUCGAGAAUCGUGAACGCGAGGAAAGAGGAGACAGAGGAGGCGGGGGCGGGGGCCGGUUUUGGGGCCGGGGGCGGGGCGGUCGUGCUCCAGGAGCUGCACUUGACGCGCUGUCAGGGAUAUGCCGAGGAAGCGGGUGGAGAGGACGAUACGGCGAUAGCCGCGAUGUCGUUUGCGCUGAGGCCGACCAAAGUUGUGGUAUAAAAACAUGCUGGUUGUCGAUUCGGAGUGUGUAGUAGGCGGUGGAUGUUACGGUCGAUCGUUGAAAUGAAAGCUGAGUUGAUGCCGUUGCGGGUCGGAAGCUAGCAUACGAUUGACUAUCGUUUUUCCUGAUGAUACUUUUGGCGUAAGCAUAUGCAUGAGAAAAUUGUUCAACACGAGCGUGCCCUGUCCAAGCCGAGUUAGGAGCCCGACGUAGACAGUUUGAUCCAUUCUGUGUGCCCCCAUUGACAAGACGUGUUCUGGUCGAGAAACGCGCUAGGGGACAGGAGUUUGAGGAACGAUGGAGCCGGCAGACGGAAAGAUCCAGACAGAAAGGAGAAGCGAAGGUUGUGAGAAACGACCUCCCUUCUGCAUUGCAUAAACGUACCCAGAAAACGGCCAGGUGCUCCAUACGCUCACAGCUCACGGGUAUACAAAUAUAUGAUGGAGAGUGUUUGUGCGGGAACUUGAAAGCAUCGCAGAAUUUUUCCGUCGCUCGUACUUGCACAACGCACACGAGAGGAACCCUAUCGCUGUUGCAAUUGUUGUGGGUGCUAUCGUUGUGAUUAUG